AUGCGCAUCCAACCCACCAUCCUCGCCCUCGCCUCUACAGCCUCCUGCAGCCUCCUCCCCCGUAACCCCCCAACAAACUCAACCACCACACCCUCAGUUGUCGCAGCCCAAUACGACGGAACCUGCUUCUACCCCGUCCCAGACGCAACCUUCAACCUCAACAGCUACCUCGGCACCUGGUACCAAGUCGCCGGCACACCCUUUGGCCCUACCGCCGGCGCCCGCUGCGUAACCGCGAAUUACUCGCUAAACCCAAACGGCACCGUCCGCGUCGUCAACUCCGCAUCUGCAGGCCCCUCGACCUUCAGCAUCCAAGGCACCGCUACCCCUGCAGCCCCUGCGUACGGACUCGCUGGAGUGUUUACCGUCACGUUUCCGGGGACCCUGCCCGUGGGACAGGCGAGUGCGUGUCCUGGACCGAAUUACAUUGUCCAAGAUUACGCCGUCGAUUGGGCUAUUGUGCAGACCCAGGAGUGGAAUACGCUCUAUGUUCUUAGUCGAGUGAGGGAGCCGGCAGAGGAGAGUAUCCAGGCGUGGGUCCAGAGGGCGGUGGCGUUGGGGUCGAAUGCGACCGAGGUUGUGAGGUUUGAUCAGACAGGGUGCUAAGGGGAGGGGCCGGGGGUUUGAGUGGAGGAUUUUAGGUGAGAAAAGGUAUGGUUGGGUUUAGUUAAGUGGUUAAUUGUUUUGUUGGGGAGGCAGAGUAUAAAUUUACGAAUUAUCAUGGUAACGUU